UUCACUGUUGUAUGAAUGUGUGUGUAAUGGGUGAGUGGUUCCUUGAUGUAAAGUGCUUUGAGAGCCUUGAAGGUGGAAAAGCACUAUAUAAAAAUGUGACCAUGAACCAUUUUUUUGAUUGAAAAAUUCUGAAAACAAUGAACUGAAAAACUAAAUUAAAAUCAUGCACUCCGUUUUGAUACAUAUGUGUUUAAUCCUGGUCUCUUUUUUCAUCCACAGCAUAACAAUGAAUGCUUAUGCUGCCUUGAUCAUUUUGACUUGUGCACAGUUAAGAUGCAGAAGAGGGCGCCAGAGAGCUGCAGUUCAUGAUACCUUUUCAUAAGUUUCCACAUCACAUAUGAAUAUUGUUUCUGUCGCUUUCUUUCACUAUAUCUAAUCAUCCAUUAACAACUCACUAUUUUAAACAAUUAUUUAAUAUUUUUAUUUAAAUAUAUUUAUUGACAGAAGAACACAGUAAUCCAAGAAACUAAAGACUAAAGUAGGUGAGAGACUUUCUGACUUCUCCUGCUGUCCACUAAGCCUAUUACACGGGGGUUUUAAAAACAGUCUCACGAAUCACGACUGACAACAAGACAUGCUCUGCACCGUCUGUUUACCAAAUGUGCGACUGUGCGUAAAAAGCGCACGGAACAAAAUGAAGACAAAUUACGCACCAAAACUUUGAAAAACUGGGCCAUUAACAUCUUGUCUGUUUUAAGUUAAAGCCAUGUGGCCCCAAGACAUGGAUAAAAACAAACCAAGAUGCGUUUCAGAACCGGUUUUUGGUCCGGAUUUCGACGCUGGCUCGAUGUCGUCACGGUUGCUGAGGGCGAGAGAGUUUUCAGUGAACGCGAUCCGGCGCCGGUCAGGUUCCGCCGCGGAGCGUAAAGUGAGCUGCGUGCUGGUGGGAGACGGGGCCGUGGGGAAAACGAGCCUUGUCGUGAGCUACACCACAAACGGAUAUCCGACCGAGUACGUGCCCACCGCGUUUGAUAACUUCACAGUUAUGGUUGUGGUGGAUGGAAAACCAGUGCGGCUGCAGCUCUGUGACACAGCUGGACAGAAGUGGGGAUUGAUGGAUGGAGCCAUAAACGAUGAGUUGGAGCGUCUUCGUCCUCUUUGCUAUCAAAACGCAGAUGUCUUCCUCUUGUGCUACAGCGUGGUCCGACCCUGCUCCUUCCAAAAUCUCACCCAGCGGUGGCUCCCCGAAAUCAGGCUGCACUGCCCUGACUCGCCCCUGGUCCUGGUGGGCACUCAGGUGGACCUCCGUGAAGACGUCCAGGUCCUCAUCCAGCUGGCCCAAAAUCAGCAGCGUCCGGUGGGCUGUGAGGAGGGCCGGCGCCUGGCUCUGGAGAUCGGGGCGGUGGGGUUUUGUGAAUGCUCCGCUUUGACACAGAAGGACCUGAAGGACACAUUCGAUACUGCGAUUCUGGCCAGUCUCCAGGAAGGGGCAAUCUGCGGGGGAGAGGGGGAAGAGGAGAGGAGGAGGGGGGACACACUCAAACUGACUCUGAGGAAGAAGACCCCGGAGAAGAUGAAGAGGCUGAGUGAGACAUGGUGGAAGAAGAUCAACUGUCUGAUGGGGGAGCACAGCUGUGAACUCAUAUGAACAAUUCGAAUUUAAUGGGGCACUGUGUAACUUUUAUGUUUGUGGGUACACUACCUGCUUGUAUCCAUGGAGAUGUUAUUGCUGGCUGAAAUGUUCCACAAUAUAACAUUAAACAUCUGUUUAGCAUAUUACAGGUGUUUGCAUUGCUCAGAAAUACCUCAAAAAUCAUGCAUCUUACUGCGAGUAUAAGGUUACCUCUCCACAGACCUGACCUGUAACUUUCCCUGGUGGCAUGACCUUGUCUUCAUGGAGGUCCAGAGAAAGCAGUGACACCUCUACGUACCAUUAAAAAAGUUAGUGCAGAUUUAAGUUAUCACUCUAUCACGCUAUUUUCUGAUCUUUGUUUUAAUGUUGUUUCCUCUUUACAAACGUGCCUGGAGUUGUGUUUUGUUUCAUUAACACAUAUUUAACACACAGACCUUCCACAUUUAGGCUGGGUUCUUCUCUCAAACUGAAAAAACUCUGGACCACUUUGUGAUUUGUAUAAUUUCAGCUCUGGAAUUUUGUAUCUCUACUGAUCAAAAGGUAAAAGGAGCUGUUAACUUGAACUACUGCUUCAUGACAUCACAAGGUGGAGCUGAGCACUGGAGAUGUAGAGACUAAUAAACCAGGGUUGCUCAAUGAAACAUAACACAACUCCAGGUAUGUUUUUGAUGAGGUAACAAUGUUCUAACAUGGCUAAAAGCACACUGGAGUAAAUUUUGCAUAUUAUUGAACUUGAAAUGCAUAUGACAGAUUUUCAUGUUUUCUAAUUAUUUAUUAUUUGGUAGUAUCUGUGGUAAACAUCUGUCUGUUUUAGUCAGGUAGCAGUUAAUGUAAAACGUUUUUAAAAGUGAAAUUUACUGGAAAAAUGCAAUACUGAUCUUGACACCACAAUGAUGAUAAAGCACUUUUUUUUAAGAAUGUAAUGUUCACCAUCAAAUAAAAGUAGUCUUUUAUUUGUGCCAUGUAGUCUAAUACUUCAUAUAUGGAUCAAGAAUUUAAGAAGGUCCUUUUUUUUUCAAGAUAUGUAAUUUUUCCAUCAUUGAUAUUUUCUCAAAUGAGUAUCUAGUUUCAGUAGGCUCUGCUUUAGUAUCCAGUAGCGUAUCCUACCUCUU